GCCGGAAGCGGCCGGUGUGGAACUGGAAACGUGCUGGGCUAGGGAGAUGGCGGCCUGAGGAACGAGGAGGGGGGAGUUCAACCCAGCGGAAUGAACCAGGGCCAUGGCAGCCACCGCAAUACAGUUCAAGACAAACUAUGCUGUUUCCAGCAAAAUUGAACCAUUUUACAAAGGUGGAAAAGUGCAGAUCAAUAAAGAUGGAACAUACAUGUUCUGUACUUGUGGAACAAAGGUCAAUGUCAUUGAUAUUGGAACAGGAAAGGUCACAAAGAGUAUUGAGCAGGAGGAUCAAGAAGAUAUUACCUGCUUCAGUGUCAGCCCUGAUGAUGAGAUACUGGUGACGAGUAGUCGUGCAUUACUCCUGAAACAAUGGGACUGGAAGGAGAAAAUGUGUACUCGUACAUGGAAAGCUAUUCACACUAGUCCUGUGGCCAGCAUGGCUUUUGACUCUACCUCAACUUUAUUGGCUACAGGAGGAUGUGAUAGCACAAUCAAGAUUUGGGAUGUUAUCAAGCAGUAUUGCACACACAAUCUGAAGGGUUCCUCUGGAAUUGUUCACCUGGUUGAAUUUCAUCCAGAUAUAUCACGGCUUCAGCUAUUUUCUUCUUCAAUGGACUAUAAAGUUCGGCUUUGGAACCUGAACACCAGUAAAUGUAUUGUGGUGCUGGAUGCUCACUAUAGUGCUGUGACUUCACUGGCUUUCACUUCAGAUGGAAAUACACUUGUCAGCUCUGGGCGUGAUAAAAUAUGUACUGUAUGGGACUUGAAAACCUACAAGUCACAGAGAACAGUUCCAGUGUAUGAGACUGUGGAAGCAGUAAUGUUACUACCAGGGAAUGAAGAUUUCACUGCCUUGGGGGUGACGAGCAAAGAACUUCAUUUUAUCACAGCAGGCAGUAAAGGGAUUCUUCGAAUUUGGGAAGCUUAUUCUGGAAGAUGCAUUUACUCACAACGUGUGCCUGGUAAACCUAAGAAAGAAACUGAAGAUGACUCCGAUGAGCAGUCUCUGACCCAUUGCAUGCUUGUCCCAGCAACACGGAAGCUAACCACUGUAACUGCUGAACAUAACAUUCUCUCCUACGACCUAUGCACUCUAAAACUCGAACGUCAGUUUGUAGGCUAUAACGAUGAGGUGCUGGAUGUGAAGUUUCUCGGGCCAACUGACACACAUAUUGUGGUGGCCACCAACAGCCCACAGCUGAAAGUGUUCGAGCUUGCAACGUUAAACUGCCAGAUCCUAUAUGGACACACUGAUACCGUAUUAGCCCUGGAUGUGUUUAAGCAAGGCACCAAAUUUGCCAGUUGUUCUAAGGACAAAACCAUUCGAAUCUGGAAGAUGAAUAAAGAGACUGGAGAAGUGAAUUGUGUGGCACAAGGUCUAGGACAUGCCCACGGUGUUGGUAUUAUUUCCUGCUCACGAUUGAAAGAAGGUUUCAUAGUCAGUGGUAGCCAGGACUGCACCUUAAAGCUGUGGGCUCUUACAAAAUCCCUACGGGCUAACAGUAGUGAGAAAAUUACAGAACCUGAAGUCCUUCGUGCUGAUUUGACUGAGAAGGUUCAUGACAAGGAUAUAAACAGCGUGGUAGUCUCUCCAAAUGACAAGCUAAUAGCUACAGGCUCCCAGGACAAAACAGCAAAGCUUUGGUCAGCAUCUGAUUUCUCACUUGUGGGAGUGUUUCGAGGCCACAAUCGUGGGAUUUGGUCUGUCCAGUUUUCUCCUAUGGACCAGAUCCUAGCCACCUCUUCAGCAGAUGGCACUGUGAAACUGUGGGGACUUCAGGACUUCAACUGUUUAAAGACGUUUGAAGGCCAUGAUGCUUCAGUACUGAAAACGAUUUUUGUCAGUCGUGGAACUCAGCUGUUGACAAGUGGAUCUGAUGGGCUACUGAAACUGUGGACUAUCAAAACCAAUGAAUGCGUAAUAACUUUAGAUGCCCACGAGAAUAAGGUGUGGGGUCUCCAUUGUAAUAAGAAAGAUGAUUUGGUUGUCACUGGAGCCACAGACUCGUGCAUAAUUAUCUGGAAGGAUGUUACAGAGAUAGAACUUGCUGAAGAGCAGGCCAAACAGGAAGAGCAAAUUUUGAAGCAUCAAGAAUUAUCUAAUUUAUUGCAUGAGAAGAAAUAUGUGAAGGCUUUAGGAUUGGCAAUUUCUUUGGACCAACCCCAAACUGUGCUUACAGUGAUUAAAGCAAUUCUUGGUGAAUCUAAUGGACAAGAACGGCUGGAAUCAACAAUGCUAAAGCUGCGACAAGAUCAAAAAGAGUCUGUGUUAAAGUUCUGCAUCAUGUGGAACACAAACUCUAAAAACUGUCAUGAAGCUCAAUCUAUUGUCCAGAUCCUGCUACGAAACGAAGCUCCUGAGCAACUUCUUCAGUACAAUGGGAUCAAGGCUGCUGUAGAGGGAUUAAUCCCCUAUACUGAGCGACAUUUCCAGCGGGUCAACAGAUUGUUCCAAGCCUCCAUGUUUUUGGAUUACAUGUGGCAGAAUAUGAGACUGACUGAGAAAUCCAGUGACUCUGAUAUGCAAGCUGAAGAAAUGGAGCUCGAGUCAUUCUUUCCAAUGGACAAAGCAGCUAACGGGGCCAAAAAGGCAGUGAUUGCGCCAACACAUGAUUGCAUCCAGUGACCAGGAGUCUGAGAAGGGCGAGGGUAGUGACAGUGUCACUAGUCCACCAAACAAAGGAAAUACCAGCAAACAGAAGCACCAGCAACCUCUUUGUGAGCACUUCAAAGAGAAUUUGGAGCCUCCAGCAGAGAGUGAAAGCGAUUCAGCGGAAGAAGGAAGCUCCGAUGAUCAAAUAUUAAAGGCAAGUGGAAGAAAAAUGAAACAAAGGCAACCUAGUGGCGGAAAGAAAACCAAAUCUGGCAAAACAAACUGAUGCUGCAUCAGGUGCCUGACAUGCUGCAAUCCUCAGGAUAUUCUGUAAAAUUGCUUUGUUAAUUGAUUUACGUUUGUUGAAUUUAUUCUAGCUUUGAAGCCACAUGUCAUGACAUUUAGAGUUUUAAACCGCAUUAUAUUCUGAGUUACACAUUCUUUUCAUUUAUGUGAAAGUAGCAAUGUUGCCUUCAAAAAAGAAACAAAGAACAUUUUAAUUUUCUAUUUUAAAACUGAAAUUUUAUAAUAAAGCCUCCAUAAUGCUAAA